AUGACAGCUUUCGACCCGACGAAGCUUGCUGAUACCCAGUCGCACCCAGGAGAAUCGCCCGCUGGCAAUACCGCAGUAUCGUCGAACCCCAAAUCUCCAGAACAGAAAGCCGAACAGCCUGAAGGUCAGACGCCUUCGUGCCCUGGCUACUUCAAGGAGACAGUCUAUGCCGGCGGCGACGUCCUCGAGACCGUCGGUGUACCUUGCGACCACGAUAACGACCGCUGCAAGAGACUCCGCAACAAGCUCGCCGCUUCGGAAGCUGGUUUUGAAUCUAAAGGCGCUUCCCGUCCCUAUAUCGUCAAUAACGUCGAUUGCGGCAACACCACGAUCACGACGCUCUCCAACAUCGGCCAGGACAAUAGCAAAGUGUAUGUCCGCCUCCCUAAGGGACUGCCUCGCGAUCGCGAGAGAGAACCGACCCCAAAGCCAGGAAAGGACGCUGCCAACUCGAGGUGCGCUGAGGAACAGGACCAGUCGUCGACGGGUGAUGCCUCUUGCCCAGGAUACAACACUCGGGUCAUCUCUAAACGCGACAGCACUUGCGAGACUCUGGUUAGCCCUUGCAAGCACGACAACAAGCGCUGUGAGAAGCUUCGGCGAGACAAGUUUGGGGAACGCAAGCGCGACGACAGCACCAACUUGAAGAAGCCUUCUCAGCGGCCAUCUCAGAGGUCUUCUCCCGAUUCUGAGGAAGCCAGACGCGGCACUGCUGGACCUGGAGGGCAUAAUUUCAGUUACGGAUAUGGCUACGCUCCUGCACCACCUUACGCACCAGGAUGGACCUCCUCCUACGCUCCUUAUCCUUACGGGGCCUACACCGCUGCAGGCGCAUACGCAUACGCGGGAUACGGAGGGUUUGCCAAUGCCACUACGGUGACGAGCAUCGGCAGCAACAACGUCUAUAAUCAUGUCAUCAGCAACGUCGGGAACAUCAACACCGUCGAACGAGAAGGCGGCUACUCUGCGAAGGACCUAGCUUCAGCCGACGAAGGGCGCCGCAUAAGGGACGAAGGGAAACGUAUAAGAAAAGAGGCGAAGCGCUUGAGAGAGCAGGCCAGGAACGUGCAUGAGGGUGAGCGGAUGCCAUACUACCCUCCUGCGCCUGGCUGGGGCGCGUAUCCAGCAUACGGGAUACCGUCGGCGUAUAGUGCGCCUUCGUCUCCGUUCCCGCCGCCCCCAUCUCCGUAUUUCAACGAGCCAGGCCCGAGCCAGUGGUACGGAGCUAGCCCUGGAGGCAGCGGAUUCGCUGGCGAUUCUGCUAACGUGAACUUGGGAGGUCCUAGCUCGGGCUCGAGUCGUGCUGGAGGCUUCGCACACCUCGAAGGAAAUAUCAACGGAAAAUAUGUGAAUAGGUUUGAGGAGCUUUGA